UUUAUCUAUCCAGAUAAGGGCCGCUUGGGUUUUUAAAACAUAAUGGCGAAACCGUACGAAUUCAACUGGCAGAAGCCAGUUCCGUCCUUCCUUCAAGAGGGUGCUAUGUUUGACAGAUACGAGGAGGAAUCUUCUGUGUUUGAACCCAACUGUCUUUUUAAAGUGGAUGAGUUUGGCUUUUUUCUAUCAUGGAAAAGUGAAGGAAAGGAAGGGCAAGUUUUAGAAUGUUCCUUAAUCAACAGUAUUCGCUUUGGAGCCGUCCCAAAGGACCCCAAGAUCCUAGCUGCUCUGGAAGCUGUGGGCAAAACCGAAAAUGAGCUGGAAGGGCGGAUCGUGUGCGUCUGCAGCGGCACGGAUCUCGUGAACAUCAGCUUCACCUACAUGAUGGCAGAGAGCACAGAAGAAGCGAAGCAAUGGGUCGAGGGCCUCCGAUCAGCCAUCCAUAACUUUAGAGCGAACAACGUCUGUCCCAUGACAUGCCUCAAGAAACACUGGAUGAAACUGGUGUUUCUGACAAACACCAAUGGAAAGAUCCCCGUUAGGAGCAUUACCAGAACUUUUGCAUCAGGUAAAACCGAAAAGGUGAUCUUUCAGGCACUUAAGGAAUUGGGUCUUCCCAGCGGCAAGAAUGACGAAAUAGAGCCUUCUGCGUUUACAUACGAAAAAUUUUAUGAACUGACACAGAAGAUAUGUCCUCGCACCGACAUAGAGGAACUUUUUAGGAAGAUCAAUGGCGACAAAACUGAUUAUUUAACGGUAGACCAAUUAGUGAGCUUUCUAAAUGAACACCAGCGAGAUCCUCGGCUGAAUGAAAUUUUAUUUCCCUUCUAUGACCCUAAAAGAGCAUUGCAAAUCAUUGAAACGUACGAGCCAGACGAAGAUUUAAAAAGCAAAGGUCUCAUGUCGAGUGAUGGGUUUUGCCGGUAUUUGAUGUCAGACGAGAACGCGCCCGUCUUCCUUGACCGUUUAGAGUCGUACCAAGAGAUGGAGCAGCCGUUGGCCCACUAUUUCAUCAGUUCCUCCCACAACACGUAUCUGACGGGAAGACAGUUUGGUGGGAAAUCCUCCGUGGAGAUGUACAGACAAGUCCUCUUAGCCGGAUGCAGAUGCGUUGAACUCGACUGCUGGGAUGGAAAAGGUGAAGACCAAGAACCAAUCAUCACACAUGGGAAGGCGAUGUGCACAGACAUUCUUUUCAAGGACGUGAUCCAAGCCAUCAGGGAAACAGCGUUUGUGACGUCGGAGUACCCUGUCAUCUUGUCCUUUGAAAACCACUGCAGCAAAUACCAGCAGUACAAAAUGUCAAAAUACUGUGAAGAUAUUUUUGGAGACCUUCUAUUAAAACAAUCCCUAGAGACACAUCCACUCGAACCAGGAAGGCCGUUGCCGUCCCCAAAUGACCUUAAGAGGAAAAUACUUAUCAAAAACAAACGGCUGAAACCAGAAGUAGAAAAAAAACAGCUCGAAACAUUGAAAAGCAUGAUGGAAGCAGGUGAAACAGCCGCUCCUGUCAGCAUCUUGGAGGACGACACUGAAGAAGAGAUAGAAAGUGCAGACCAAGAAGAGGAAGCCCAUCCUGAAUACAAAUUUGGAAGCGAGCUGUCUGCCGACGACUUGAGCCAGAAAGAAUCCGUGGCCAACAACAUGAAGAAGGUGGUGGAUGACUCUGAGCAAGAAAACAAUAAAAAGGGGGUGAUAACUGCGGAAGAUGAGCAAGCGUGGAUGGCUUCUUACAAAUACGUCGGUGCCACGACUAAUAUCCACCCCUACCUGUCCACACUGAUCAACUACGCUCAGCCGGUUAAGUUUCAAGGUUUCACUGUAGCGGAAGAACGGAACAUUCACUACAACAUGUCCUCUUUUAACGAGUCUGUCGGGCUCGGUUAUUUGAAAACACACGCCAUCGAAUUUGUGAACUACAAUAAGCGGCAGAUGAGUCGGAUAUACCCAAAGGGAGGCCGGGUGGAUUCCAGCAAUUACAUGCCUCAGAUUUUCUGGAACGCGGGCUGCCAGAUGGUCUCGCUCAACUAUCAGACCUCAGAUUUAGCAAUGCAAUUGAACCAGGGGAAAUUUGAAUACAAUGGCUCUUGCGGGUAUCUUCUUAAACCAGAUUUUAUGCGGAGACCUGACCGAACAUUUGACCCUUUCUCUGAAACUCCCGUAGAUGGUGUGAUUGCAGCAACGUGUUCUGUUCAGGUAAUUUCCGGUCAGUUUUUAUCGGACAAAAAAAUCGGCACUUACGUAGAAGUGGAUAUGUACGGCCUGCCCACUGACACCAUCCGUAAAGAGUUCCGAACGCGGAUGGUGAUGAAUAACGGUUUGAAUCCUGUUUACAAUGAAGAAUCGUUCGUGUUCCGAAAGGUGAUCCUCCCAGACCUCGCCGUCUUGAGGAUAGCUGUUUACGACGAUAACAACAAACUGAUUGGCCAACGAAUAUUGCCUCUGGAUGGUCUUCAGGCAGGCUACAGACACAUUUCCCUUCGGAACGAAGGCAACAAGCCCUUGUCUCUGCCCACCGUCUUCUGCAACAUUGUGCUCAAAACAUACGUGCCGGAUGGUUUUGGAGACAUUGUGGAUGCCUUGUCAGAUCCAAAGAAAUUUCUGUCUGUCAUGGAGAAAAGAGCCGACCAGAUGAGAGCCAUGGGGAUUGAAACAAGCGACAUCGCUGAUGUUCCCAACGACACUUCGAAGAAUGAUAAGAAAGGGAAAGCGAACAAUCCCAAGGCAAAUGUCACUCCUCAAACUAGCUCAGAACUUAGACAAAAUGCCACUUCUGGUGUUGGGCCCGGGGUGGAAGUUAAGAAAGGGAUUGACCUGAUCCCACAAGUCAGGUUAGAAGACCUAAAGCAAACAAAGGCCUAUAUAAAGCAUAUGAAAAAGCAGCAAAAAGAACUGAAUGCUUUAAAGAAGAGGCAUGGAAAGGAACACAGUAUUAUGCAGAAGCUGCACUGCACACAGGUUGACAAAAUAGUCGCGCAGUAUAACAAGGAGAAGUUGGGUUACGAGAAAAUCCUUGAAAAGGCCAUCAAGAAAAGGGGGGGAAAUAACUGCCUAGAGAUAAAGAAAGAAUUUGAAAAUAAAAUCCAGACGUUAACAUCAGAUCACACAUCUAAGGUCAAAGAAAUUGUGGCUCAGCACACCAAAGAGUGGUCUGAAAUGAUCCACACGCACAGUGCAGAGGAGCAGGAGAUGCGAGACCUCCACCUUAGCCAGCAGUGCGAGCUCCUGAAGAAACUUCUCAUCAGUGCCCACGAGCAGCAGACGCAGCACCUGAAGCUCUCCCACGACAGGGAAAGCAAAGAAAUGCGUGCCAACCAAGCAAAAAUUUCAAUGGAAAACGGUAAAGCCAUAAGCCAAGAUAAAUCUAUUAAAAACAAAGCAGAAAGAGAGAGGCGUGUCCGGGAGCUGAACAGCAGCAACACAAAGAAAUUUCUAGAAGAAAGAAAGCGGUUGGCCAUGAAGCAAUCCAAGGAAAUGGAUCAGCUGAAAAAAGUUCAGCUUGAGCAUCUCGAAAUUCUGGAGAAACAAAACGAACAGCUUUUGAAAUCCUGCCACGCAGCCUCUCAGAUUCAAGGCGAAAGAGAUGCAACAGAUGGUGAAGCUCGAAGCAGAGAUGGACCGCAGACCAGCCACGGUGGUGUGAAGCUCCAACAUGCAACCUGAAGCCUGGGAAUCCAACCCUUCUGUGUUUCCAAAGCAAACUCACUGAGGAUUGUAAGACGCUCUCUCUCCGUCU